GGGGGAGCCUACCUCCAGAGUAUAGGCUCGACGAUGGCUAUCAGGUUGAUGAUGCCUCUUCUGCUCGUGGCGGUGAUUAACACAGUUGGUGACAGUCACCAUAGCGGCGCCGACGGCCAUGGAGGUUCCCGCAUUUUGCUCACUGCUGCCUCUCCAACUGAGUCGAGGAGCUUUGCCGGGAGGAACCUGGCGAUGGGCCGGACAGGAGGAGGAGGAGAAGAAGAAGUGUUGGCAGCAACAGAUUCUGUGCACGUGUCGACAGCUGAGGGGGCUGGAGCAUGGUCAGGAUCAGACUCCGAGCACGCCGCCGCUCUCCGUCGGCGUUCGUCGAACCGUCGGCUGGCUACGUCAACGUCGACUCUCGGUGGCAGAGGAGGAAGCUUCCAUAAAGCUUCUCGACGAGGGCGUGCUCUUCAAUCCACCACAGCGACGGAGUGGGUGGAUGCUCACAACGUAGGGAGGACGCAGGUCGGUGUGCCUGGACUCAUCUGGAGCGACACAGUGGCUUCUUCUGCAGCUAGUUGGGCCAGCCAUCUCGUUGUGGAUUGCCAGAUAGUCCACACCGUCAGCGGCUACGGGGAGAAUCUGGCCAUAUCCUGGACUCCGAACACCACGAUAUCAGAUGUUGUGGCCGCUUGGGCUGAUGAGAGGCGCUAUUACAACUACACGACCAACACCUGUUCUGCGGUGUGCGGCCACUACACCCAGGUCGUCUGGGCCACCACCAAACAAGUCGGUUGUGCUAUCUCCUCCUGCAACGAUGGGUCAAACGCAAAGAUCUACGUCUGCCGGUACAACCCACCUGGUAACUAUAGAGGCCAAAAGCCCUACGUACAGUCCGGUUUACUCUCAGACGUUGGUACUCACACGGAGUGUGUUCUGGAUGCAUCUGACCACACUUACGGCAAGGUGAGGGAUGAAUCGGACUGCAAUCUGAUUCACGUCCAGAGCUUUGUGGAGAAAGUCUGUACUCUGAGUACUAUGCCCUGAGUUUGCAUGUCUGUUCGGAGGAUCAAGUACUGGUCCGGCCGUACAUUCGGUCAGAUACUUUCAAGAUACUGCUAGUGUG